UCAGCCUGGGGUAGGGAGUUCAGGAAGCCCAUCUUCAAGAGGGGGAUCCAGGGGUUCCCUCCCUCCCCCAGGACCCCAGUUAUUGUUCCCCUCACUCUCCAGUCUUGGGGUCCAGAGUUCUGGAAGCCCCUUCCCCAGGAGGUGAUCCAGGGUUCCACCUGCCCCCCAGGAACUCAGAGAAGGAUCCCAGUUAUUUCUCCUCCCAGCGUGCAGCUCAGAGAUGGGAAUUCAGGAGCGAAUCUUAGGGUCCCCCUGCCCCCUGGGAAUCCAGGAGGGGACUCAGCACUGUCCCCUGACCCUCCGUCGUGGAAUUUAAGGAGGUGAACUAGGAACUCAGCCCUCUCUGUUUGCGUACCCACUCCAGCUCUGGGGUUGUGGCUUGGGAGGUCCCCCUCCCCAGAAGGAGAGCCAAAGGUCCUCCCCUGUCUCCCAGGAAUAGAUCUAUUUGUUGUUUUCUCCCCGAGGCCUAGCCACGUGGUGGGCAUCACCUCCCCUUCAGGUAAUCCUGAUUUCCUCCUGCUCCCCUGAAGGGAUCCCAGCUUGUUUCUCUGCCCCCCUCCCUACCUCUAGCCAUGGAGCUAGAAUUCAGGAUCUUCCUUCCAGGAGGGGACCAGAGUUCCUGACGCGCAUUCCCGUACGUCGAUCGUGGGGUCAGUCACUCAGGAAUCUCCCCUUCCUAGGAGAUGGCCCAGGGUCCCUCCAGUAACCCAAGAGGAGCCCCAGGUAUUAUUUUGCCCACCCCAGCUAGGGGUUAGAAUUCAGGAUCUUCUAUCUACUUGGGCAAACAGGUACACCGACACCUGUCCCUACUCUCCUGGCUGAUGGAUCCAUGGGUCUCCCUGCUCCCUCCAGGGGUCCCACAUAUUAUAUCCCCGCACUCACGCUAGCUUUAGAAAUCUGCAUUCAGGAUCUUCUAUCUAAGAUAGAAUACAGGUGUUUGGACUCAGUCCUACCCCAGAAUUGUAAGGUUUGGAAUUCACGUUGUCUCUUCCCCAGGAAGCAAGCCAGGGGUCUUUCUGCACUCCCCCAGUGAGGAGUACCAGUUGUUGUUUGCCCCCGCCCCACUUUUCCCCCAGAUAGAGGCUUCAGAGGUCAGGAUGCUUCUUCUCUAGGAGGACCCAAGCUGCCCACCAGAGGAGGAGCCCAGGAUGGAGAGAGGGGCAGAGCCAUGGAGCUGGGUACUGGAGACCUCUAGUGCUGGGUCCCACGACUUCUAUCCAGAGCCUGCCCCGGAAGCAGCCAGCACUUCCACACCCGGGAUGCGGCGUUCGGUCCUAGUCAGGAACCCAGGCCACAAAGGCCCGAGGCCCAAUUAUGAAGAGCUUGACUCCGACUCAGAAGACCUAGACCCCAAGAGUGAAGAGCUGGACCCAGUUUCUGAAAACCCAGAGCCUGAGCCGGAAGACCUCAACACUGUCUCUGAAGAUGUGGACCCCAGCUAUGAAGAGCUGGAGCCUGUCUCCGAGGAUCUGGAUCCCAAUGUGGAAGCUCCGAGCUCCAUCUCGGGGAUCCGUGACUCGGAUCCCCAAGAUCUCGACCCCAUGUCUUCAAGUUUUGACGACCCAGACGUCAUCGGCCCCGUCCCCCUGGUCCUCGACCCUAACAGCGACACCCUCAGUCCCGCUGCCACCCCAGACCUGGACCCCCUCUCGUCCGACCUCACUGCCACCCCCGAGGUCCUGGCCGCCGGCCCCGCGGUGCUCCCUGCACCUGCCAGCCCGCCCCGGCCCUUCUCCUGCCCGGAUUGCGGGCGAGCCUUCCGCCGCAGCUCGGGUCUGAGCCAGCACCGCCGCACCCACAGCGGCGAGAAGCCUUACCGCUGCCCCGACUGCGGCAAGUCGUUCAGCCACGGCGCCACGCUGGCCCAGCACCGCGGCAUCCACACGGGCGCGCGGCCCUACCAGUGCGCGGCGUGCGGCAAGGCCUUUGGCUGGCGCUCCACGCUGCUCAAGCACCGCAGCAGCCACAGCGGCGAGAAGCCGCACCACUGCCCUGUGUGCGGCAAAGCCUUCGGGCACGGUUCGCUGCUGGCGCAGCACCUGCGCACGCACGGCGGCCCACGGCCGCACAAGUGCCCGGUGUGCGCCAAGGGCUUCGGGCAGGGCUCGGCGCUGCUGAAGCACCUGCGCACGCACACGGGUGAGCGGCCGUACCCGUGCCCGCAGUGCGGCAAGGCCUUUGGCCAGAGCUCCGCGCUGCUGCAGCACCAGCGCACACACACGGCCGAGCGCCCCUACCGCUGUCCCCACUGCGGCAAGGCCUUCGGCCAGAGUUCCAACCUGCAGCAUCACCUGCGCAUCCACACCGGCGAGCGGCCCUAUGCCUGCCCCCACUGCUCCAAGGCCUUUGGGCAGAGUUCGGCGCUGCUGCAGCACCUGCACGUGCAUUCGGGCGAGCGCCCCUACCGCUGCCAGCUCUGCGGCAAGGCCUUCGGCCAAGCCUCCAGCCUCACCAAGCACAAGCGAGUGCAUGAGGGCGCGGCCGCUGCAGCUGCUGCGGCCGCCGCCGGUUUGGGCCUCAGCCCCGCUUCGAUGUUGAGGCCGGGGCAGGUCUCCCUUCUGGGUCCUGAUGCUGUCUCUGUGCUGGGUUCAGGCCUGGGCCUCAGCCCCGGCCCCAGCUCUGGCCUUGACCCUGACCCUGGCUCUGUGCUGGGCUCCCCCCCCAAUCCCAGCCCCAAACCCAUCCCUGGCUCUGGAUCUACCCCCACCCCUGAUUCUGUCAAAUCUUCUGACCCUGAGCCUGGGCACAAUGCCAAUUCCGACCUUGUGGCCAGCCCCGAUCACAGAUCUGGUCCCAGCCCCGACCCGGAUCCCGUGCCCAGCCCUGACCCCAGCUCUGAGUCCCACCCUGACCCCGGCUCUCCCACCCAUGACACUGUCGGCGCAGUCCUCCCUACCGGCGAGAGCCCCGAGUGGGUGCAGGAGCAAGGGGCACUGCUGGGGCCUGAUGGCUGAAGGGCAUGCUGGCACCCACAGGGGCCUGGGAAAGUUGUGUGUUGUGCAGUUAGUAAAAUCCCACUGCC